AUGAGGAACAAUUUAGUGCAACUCUUUCAUAUUUUUCUGCUUUUUAUUCAAAAUGCUAAUUGCUAUUAUAAUUGUUCGACACCUAAAAUUACCAGGUUUUUGGAUACUUUGACACUUUAUUUUCACCCAAACAAGUUUCAGAUCAUACUUGCAAAAUUUGGUGAACGAAGCGAAUACUGUAGUAUCAGCAAAUGUUAAAAGUAUUAUUUAUAAGAAUACAGAUGAUAUAAAUCUGGAAAUUGAAGCUUUGGAAAUCAAACCAAUACGAUUUUACAAAAGUCCAAGCCGACAUUUGCCAAAAACUAUAACAAUUUAUAAUUUGAUGAAAGUUGAGCCAUGUCCAUAUAAAUUAUUGACAUCAGAAAUUCGAGUUUUCUUUCUCACUGAAAAUGAUGAACUCCUUGCUCCUCUAAUUCGAAUAAAUUUAUCUGUUUUGGAUCAAUUGCAUACAAUUUCAAAAGGAAAACCUCAUCGACAUAGGAGAAAAUCAAAGAGAAGUUUGUAAUUUUUGUAGAUAAUCGAUAAUUCGGGGGAUAUUUUUAAAAUUCUAAUUUUUUAUUUGUGAGAGAGGGAUUUUUUUUAAUUUUUCACGUGAACUUUCACAACGAAAGGUGCACAAUUUAAAUUAAACUUUCAUUUUGAAACAAACAUUUCCAGCUGUUUGUGAAAAUUCAUUGUGCCCUCUCGGUUCAAAAUGUGAUCUUCACAGUGGAAAAUGCGAAUGCCGUUCAAAAUGUCGAUUCAAAGGAGAAGUUGUUUGUGGAAAUGAUGAUGUAACAUAUUCAAGUAUGUGUCAUUUGGCUGUUAGAAGUUGUAUGAUGGCGGGAAAAGGAAAACGAUUGAAAAUGAAAUCAAAGGGACCAUGUAGUAAGUUUAUUUUCAAAAAAAAAUACGAACUCAAGUUAUUUUUAAAAUCUAAAUGUAUUCUUGUAACACCUGCGAAAAUCAUGUUUACGCAUAACAUAUGUGCCAUUCCCAUUGUUUUGAAAGCAUUGACCGAAACAUUAUUAUCCCCCUUUUUCUUUGCCAAACAUAAGUAAGUAACUUAAAAAAGGGAAAGAAGCAUAAACUACAGUAAGCUUUAUUGCAUACACACACUUUUAAAUAUCUGUGAGCAAAUGAAAGAUGGAAAGAUAGAAAGAAGGGGGAAAAUUAUUUUGGAAGGAAAAAGCUGUUAUGGCAAAUUGAAUUUGAAACCGCGAAAAAGAGAUGGGUUUUGAGAAGAGAAGCUCAUUUUAUGUAUUUCUCGACGAAAUGCGCGAGAUUUUUAUUAUUUUAUUCGCUUCUAUUUUGUUUAGUUUUGAGAAAAGUGUAGUUUUAGGAUGUUAUAGAUAUUCGAAAGGUUUGAUCCAAAAAAACUUGUGAUUGACAAACAAUUAAUUAUUCUUCAGAAAAACGAAAUCCUUGCGAAGAUUUGCGAUGUGCUGCAGGUGAAGAAUGUGUUGUCAAACAAUCAGAUGGUAUAUUGGCUGCCAAUUGUGUGUGUCCACAAAACUGUCCAAAUUACGGUGACUCGAUCGAAUCAUCUCCUGUUUGCUCUUCUCAUGGAGUUGACUAUCAAUCAUCCUGUCACUUGAAUCAUCAUGCGUGUGAAUCGAAAUCUAAUAUUACUGUCAAGUAUUAUGGAAGAUGCGGUGAGAAAACAAACUUAUGAAUAAUUCAAAAUUUAUAUUUUGGGGAUUUUCAGAUCCUUGUCAUGAUUUUACUUGUCCACGUGGAUUAAUGUGUAAACUUGGAAAAGAUCGCAAACCGGAGUGUCGUUGUAGCGAACAGUGUUCUCUAGAAUUUUCUCCAGUUUGUGGAACCGAUGGAAAAACCUAUACAAAUGAAUGUAUUCUCAAUUUAUCGUCUUGUAAAGAAAAUCGUUUCAUCGCGAUUUGGAAAAAAGGAAAAUGUGAAACAUAUUCAACUCCAUGCUCAAAUAUUCAAUGUGCUCACGGAGCAAAUUGUUAUAUUAAAUCUGAAGAUGAAGCAGAAUGUCAAUGUCACAACAAAUGUGAAGAUGUUAUGCGACCAGUUUGUGCUACAGUAAGAUUUUUCGGCGAGAAGAGGAGGGGAGGGGGGUUGAAAAAUAAAAAAAAACUGAAAAAAUAAAAGAUAUAUGUGGCCGAACUAUUUUGGUGGCCGAAUUCUCGACAUUUCUCGGCCACCAAAGUAGUUCGGCUAUUUUAAGCGCGCUUUUAUUUUUUUCAAGUUUUUUUUUCCGAAAUUUACGUUCAACUUCAAAAGUGUAAUAGUUUUAAAAUAUUUUUUCUGGUUUUUUAGCUCCGUACAAAAUUAUGAUUAACCAGAAUUAUAACUUGUAUUGUUUUUUUCCAGAAUGGUGAAACAUUUGACAAUGAAUGUGAAAUGAGAAAAAGAGCUUGCGAAACAUCAACAAAUCUCUCAAUCAAACACCACGGAACUUGUGGAGUUGGAGUUUGUGCAACAUUUUCCGAAUGCAAAAAACCUAAAGUUUGUGAAAUUGAAAAUGGAAAACCGAAAUGUAUUUGUCCAAAAUGCACUGACGAAUUGAAAGAAGUUUGUGGAAGUGAUGGAAAAACAUACCCGAAUGAAUGCAAAUUAAGACAAGCUGUUUGUCUUCUCGGAACAAAUCAAAAUAUUUUUGUGAAAUAUAAUGGAAUUUGUGAAGGAUGCGAAAGUCAAAAAUGCGAUUUUUAUUCGAGUUGUGUUGUUGGAACGAAUGGAAAAGCAACCUGUCAAUGUCCAGAUUACUGUACUGGAGAACAUCGAGAAGUUUGUGGAACUGAUGGAGUUACGUAUUCAAGUGAAUGCCAUUUAAGAAAAAGUGCCUGUCAUUAUAAAAAGUUUAUUGUAACUGCUUUCGAAGGAAAAUGUGGUAGGCUAUUUAUUUCAUUUCUGAUGAGAUUUUUUCGAUCCAAAACAAUUAAUUUUUAUAUAGAUGCUUGUCUUCAUGUUCAAUGUACAUAUGGACAAGAAUGCCGAAAUGGAAUUUGUAUUUGCUCAUAUAAUUGUCCGGAAAACCCUCCAGCAAAUGCAAGAAUUUGCGGAGAAAAUGGCGUUCUUUAUCCAUCAUUUUGUCAUUUACAACUAGCUUCUUGUCAAAAAGGUUCCCCAAUUGGUGAAAUGCCACCAACGCAUUGUCAUUCAUCGAUUGCAACAUUUCCAGGUUUGUAUUUUUCAUUCCACCUCAUUUUUUCUGCUUUUUUGCAUGUUGUUUGUUUUAAGCACAAUCUUGCACUUGCACUUUUGGCGCGAUUUGUGAACAAAAUCAAUGUAAAUGUCCGAUAUGUGAUCGUCGUAAUCUACCGUACCCAAUUUGUGGUUCGGAUGGCAAUAUUUAUCAAAAUCAAUGUGAUUUGAACACAAUUUCGUGUCGAGACCAACGUUUGAUUCAUGUUUUGCCAUUGUUGUCGCAAUGUUCACAAUUUAAUGGUUUCAGUAGGCACAAAGACAACUAGAAGAUUUUUUGGAAAUGAAAAAAAAUUUUGAGAUUUUAUUUUGCAAAUAGUUGAUCUUCAAAAGUCUCCUAGUUGUCUACGCCUUCGAUUAAAAUACAAAUGAUUUCGUCAUCUGGAAAACUUAUUUUCAGAUACUUGUCAAUGCAACAGAGUUGGAUCUUUUGGUCACACUUGUGAUGAAUUCGGACAGUGUAAAUGUCGACCUGGAGUAACUGGACUAAAAUGUGAUCAUUGUAUGUCUGGAUUCUGGGGUAUUCAUUUGAUCGCUCAAGGAGCUUUGUCUUGCACACGUGAGUUGUUUUUCUGGAAACUUUGACAGUUUUCAAAUUUUAAGCGUGUGGAUGCAGUUCAUUUGGUGCAGCUCGUUCGGAUUGUGAACAAUCAACUGGAAAAUGUGAAUGUCAUAAUGGUGCAAUUGGAGAUAAAUGUAAUUUAUGUGAAGAUGGACAAAUUUUAACAGCUUCUGGUUGUGUUCUCGCAUCAAACUAUAAAACACCGCGUGAUUGCUCAUCUUUGAAAUGUCACCAUUCAGCCAAAUGUGUUCCAUCUCCUUCAAGUUUUCCUGAUUGUAUUUGUCCAAAUUCGUGUAACUUGGAUACAUUAGGAUUAAUUGCAAAUAUGACAGUUUGUGGAUCAGAUGGAGAAACAUAUUCAAAUAUGUGUGAAAUGAAAAUGUUUGCUUGUAAACAUCAAAUGGAUUUGACUGCUGUUUCAAUGGGAAUUUGUGAUAAUGAUAAUUUAGAAAUACUUGGAAGAUUAGGAAGAGAAGAAAAGUCGGGAGGAAAACGACUUGGAUCACAAUGUGAGGAUGAUGAUGAUUGCGAUAAGGUUGGAACUUUUUUUUUGGAAUUCCUGAUUUUUUCAAAAAAUAAUUUCAGUUGAAUGCUCGAUGUGUUACAAGACCUGGUAGAAAAUCAGCUUGUGAAUGUGUUGAAGGCUCAAAAUCACAUCUUGGAAAAUGUGAAGAAAUUGAAAAAGAUGAGGAGAAAAACGGAAGAGAACAUCUAAAUUUGGAAAUUGGGAAUGUGCCAAGAUUUUUAAAAAAAGAAAAUGUUAGAAGAUUUUCGAAAUUGUCUAUAAAUCUUCGACUUUCCGAUCGAAAAAAGAAGGAUUUAUUCUUCGAAUGA